CACCUCUCGGUUUCCAUUUCCUCUCUGUCUCUCUCAUUCUCUCUAAUCCCUUCGUCGUCUUCCUCGCUGCUUCGUGAGGUGUGGCGGGGUGAGCGCGAGCGAGAGAGCUCGGCGCUCGAAUCAGGAUUAGGGUUAGGGUUUCCGGGGCAUGGGAGUGGGCCGCGAUGGCGGCGCCGAAGCCUUCCGUGGAGCGGUGUAUGGGCGUCAAUGGCCUCGAGAAGAUCGUGCUCCGGGAGGGCCGGGGGAGCUCCGUCGAGGUAAAGUUGUAUGGGGGUCAGGUAACUUCUUGGAAAAAUGACCAUGGGGAGGAGCUGCUUUUUGUUAGUAGUAAGGCUAUUUUCAAACCCCCGAAAGCAAUUCGUGGGGGCAUACCAAUAUGCUUUCCUCAGUUUGGAAUGCAUGGAACUCUAGAACAACAUGGAUUUGCAAGGAAUCGGUUUUGGAGUGUUGAUAAUAAUCCACCACCUUUGCCAGCAAACACUUCAAUUAAGACUUUUGCUGACUUGAUUCUCAAGCCAUCUGAAGAAGAUUUCAAGAUUUGGCCUCACAGUUAUGAAUUUCGCUUGAGAGUUGCUCUUGGAUCUGGAGGCAAUUUGAUAUCCACGUCCCGCAUUAGAAACACCAACACUGAUGGAAGGCCAUUCUCGUUUACGUUUGCAUAUCACACAUACUUUUCUGUUUCUGAUAUAAGUGAAGUGCGGGUAGAAGGACUAGAGACAUUGGACUACCUUGACAAUCUGAAGGGAAUGGAGCGCUUCACAGAGCAAGGAGAUGCAAUUGUAUUCGAAUCUGAAGUGCAUAAAAUAUAUCUGGGCACACCAAGCAAGAUUGCUAUCAUUGACCAUGAGAAGAAAAGAACAUUUGUCUUGAGGAAGGACGGACUCCCAGAUGCUGUUGUAUGGAACCCAUGGGACAAGAGGGCCAAAGCCAUGGCAGAUUUGGGGGACGAAGAAUACAAACACAUGCUAUGUGUGGAGGCGGCGGCUGUGGAGAAGGCCAUCACUCUAAAGCCGGGCGAGGAAUGGACGGGAAGGCAGGAACUAUCUGCUGUUCCGUCCAGUUAUUGCAGUGGACAGUUGGAUCCUCAAAAGGUCCUUCAGGGUUCAGCUUGAUUGUUACUCUGAUCGAUUUAUCCUGUACAGGCUCUUUUACAUCGCCGUUUAUAGUAAUCGGUGCUAGGCAGUUGAUGCUUUUUCUUCAACGACGUUCCUGCUCUCGUUUUUCACCUUCUUCUAUGUUGUAUCCUGGAAGCAGAAUAUUCAGGGGAAUAAUAGCAUGACGUGUUUUCCUAUGGUCUGUAGAGAUUGAAUCUCAUAACCUGAACCUGCGGGGUAACAUAAAUAUUACCCAGCGUCAUCUUCAGCGCUGUUAUCGUUUUCCUUCUCUUCAUUUUGUAGCAUAUAUUGUCAUAAAACUGUCGAAUCCGCAAGGGGGUAAGAAGAGCCAUGUGAAGGCGGGGGUGGUUUUGUGAAUGUAUUCUGUUGUGGAUAUUACGCCUUCUGAUGUACUCACUUUUUCCUAUCAUCAAUAUUAUUAUCCUCUGCGGUGAACUGAUACUGACUUGUUGA